CCGGCGCCGCUGGCUCAGGGCAGGGACCGCCAGGGCCGGACCUCCGGGCCGGCGCCCCCGCGCCCCCGUCGUCCGCCCCGCGCGCCCCGCCGGCCAGCCAGAUAAGUCCGGUUUCUUCUGUGGAGGGUACGCAGUUAAAGCCUUGAUUUCCUGGAUCUGGUAACAUGGCAAAAGAUGCCAGUCUAAUUGAAGCCAACGGAGAACUAAAGGUCUUUAUAGACCAGAAUCUUAGUCCUGGGAAAGGUGUGGUAUCUCUUGUAGCCGUCCACCCGUCCACAGUCAACACACUUGGGAAGCAGCUUUUGCCAAAAACCUUCGGACAGUCCAAUGUCAAUAUCACACAGCAAGUGGUGAUUGGCACGCCUCAGAGACCGGCAGCAUCCAACACUAUUGUGGUAGGAAGCCCACACACUCCCAACACGCACUUUGUGUCCCAGAACCAGACGUCUGACUCCUCACCUUGGUCUGCUGGGAAGCGGAACAGGAAGGGCGAGAAGAAUGGCAAGGGCCUGCGGCAUUUCUCCAUGAAGGUGUGUGAGAAGGUGCAGAGGAAAGGAACCACCUCCUACAAUGAGGUGGCUGACGAGCUGGUGGCAGAGUUCAGCGCUGCNGACAACCACAUCCUACNAAACGAAUCAGCUUACGACCAGAAGAACAUCCGGCGGCGUGUCUANGAUGCCUUAAAUGUGCUAAUGGCCAUGAACAUCAUCUCCAAGGAGAAGAAGGAGAUCAAAUGGAUCGGCUUGCCCACCAACUCAGCUCAGGAGUGCCAGAACUUAGAGGUCGAGAGGCAGCGGAGGCUGGAGAGGAUCAAACAGAAGCAGUCACAGCUCCAGGAGCUCAUCCUGCAGCCCAACAGAUUUGAAUAUCUGUUUAACUUUGACAACACGUUUGAGAUCCACGAUGACAUUGAGGUGCUCAAGCGCAUGGGCAUGGCAUGUGGGCUGGAGUCUGGCCACUGCUCUGCUGAAGACCUCAAGGUGGCCAGAAGUUUGGUACCAAAAGCUCUAGAACCAUACGUGACAGAAAUGGCUCAGGGAUCCAUUGGUGGAGUAUUCGUCACGACAACAGGUUCUACAUCCAAUGGCACAAGGCUUUCUGCCAGGUGACAGCAGCGGGGGUGGGGCAGCCUUACUUUGUUUCAGAUAGGCUGAACUGAGCUUAGCCCAGGUAACUGUCUGCUCAGGCAAGGGAACACAGUGCUUGUCCCCAUAAAAUGAUCCCACAGCACCCUCUGCCCCCAAUUAAGUAAUUCAUGGUUUUUACUUUUUAAAAAGUGUUAAACACAGUAAGGGGGGAUACAAACCUACCUGUAUUCACUGUU